CGAGAUUGGAUUUUUAUCGUACUACAAGUCGCAAAGUUUAAUAUAAAUUGAUUGACUUCUAUCCUUUCUACCGAAAACUGACUGAGGUGAUCGGAUAUUGGACACAAAGUAUUGCUUCGCGGUGUAUAUUUGACACAAACGUUACCUCAAGUGACAAGGUGACUUUCUCUUCAGGAGUAAAGUCGAUUUGUAAAUUUCCCCUUUGAAGUUUGGAUGUUGUGAUACUUGUUUCCAACAUAUGACCACAAAAAUUGCAACAGUAGCCAACUUGGCUUUUCAUGCAUUUCAACAGCACUCAGUACGUGCUACAUUGGGCCCAGCAUCAGCUAAUAUUAACAAUGGGAUGGGGGAUUCUCAUCCUUGUACAAAUGGCAAUUCUCCAACACAUUCUGAUAAACCCGUUUCCCCAACUCUUCCGGUAAAACAUAAACAUUUAUCGGAAUCUUUAUGUCGUUUGCUAGCAUGUGUUCGCUCUCUUACUCCAAAAGAUGUUGGGUUUGAUGUUCGAUGGAUCUCUGAUUCAAAUAUAUCAUCUGCUCCAGUCGCUUAUGUGCAUAUUAUGGAAAAUGAAGUAUUUUCCAUGGGUAUUUUUAUUUUGAAACCUGGCUCUCGUAUACCCUUACAUGAUCAUCCGGGAAUGUAUGGAAUUUUAAAAGUUUUAACGGGUUCUGUACGAUGUCGUAGUUUCACACGAUUGAAAAAUGUCAAAUCAACAACAGAUUUAGGAAAUUAUAAACCAUCGUUAUCGGUUUUUGAUGAUUCAAAAUGGCAAUUGACCGACUUAAUCAUUGCUCGACCACAUCAAGAUACAGUCCUAUCUCCGGACCAUCAACCUUGUUUGCUUUUUCCAAUUGAAGGUAAUUUACAUGAAAUUACUCCAGUUGAUGGCCCGGCAGUUUUUCUCGAUAUACUAGCUCCUCCAUAUGAUCAUGAUUUAGGAACCAGAGAAUGUCGAUUUUAUAAAGAAGUCAUCAUACCACAAAUGAACUCUAAUUCACUAUUAUCACAGAACAACUUGCAUAAUAACAAUAAUAAUGAAGAACUCUCAUCUUCAGCUGAUUCUUCAGAUCCUGAUCAAUGCACAAAUCAGUCAGAAAAAGAUUCAAUUGUUUAUUUGGUUGAAACAAACCAACCAUCAGAUUAUUGGUGUGAAUCUGCGGAAUAUAAUGGACCUAGUGUAGUUUAGUAUUACUGAAGAGUGUUUUUUGUUAGAAAGAAAAUUUUGAAUUUUUUCCCGUGGUUCUUUAAUUCUACUACAUCAGCUUAUCACAUUCACUAUUUCUAAGAACUUACUAACCUCAUUAUUAUUAUUAUUUAUCGUUAAUGAUUCAUUCUCGCGGCAUUUUACACUGAUCAUCCAAUUUUGAAUAUUUCACUCUCCCUGCUUCUGUUACUCUCUAUUCCUUUUCUCUUUCUUUACUUAUGUGAUAAUAAAAUCAGUUUAUAAUUUGAUGUACAAAUUCACUUCGCCUCGUUUUCAUCAUAAUACUGGGCAGUCCAGUAUUCUGCAUUACUUUUCACACAUCCGUAUACCCAUUCUCUUUUUUGCGAUGUCUUUUCGGUUAAUACCGCCAUGUUUAGUUUAUUCUUGCUUUUGUUUACAUUUUAAGUAUUUAAAGAAAUCUGUGUCCUUGGUGUUGUUAUUAUUAUUAUUAUUGUGGUUUUUCAUGGUGAAAACAAAACACAGAGAAAAUCAUUGUACAUGCACCCCUGUUAUUCAUACUCUCAUAGCAUCAUUCUGCUGAAGUUAUUUCCUUGAUUGAUGACUAUACUAGUGUUGUUAGUAGUGGCAAUCUAUUCAUCAGAGUAUUGGUUCAUGCGUACAAUCUAAUGUUUUGCUGCCUUUGUUUUUCUCCAUGUACCCCCUAAUGUUUUAUUUCCUGUAUGUGAUUUUUGUGGUCAUAUCCAGUCAUAGUACUUUUCUUUGUAGUGAUAGUAGUAGUGGUAGCAGUAUCGAUAAUAAUAAUAAUCAACUUAAAAGUUAUCCCUUCCAUAUUUAUCUCAUUUCGUUACUGAGUGCGAAAACACUAUCUGUACUAUACACCUAUAAAUAUGCAUAAAUUUAUGUAACAAUUUAAAAACAAUACAUACUUCAUACAUUAUCAAGGCUGAAAUUAAAAAAAGAGAAUAUUAUGUUGAUUCAUGUAUAUUUCAACGAUUUUUAGGUACUACACUUGCUUGUAUCUAUAUUAUUUACUGUAAUGAAGAUAUAUGCAUACAUAAAUGUUCUUUUACGUGUUAGUGUAUACAAUUUCUGCACUUAUAGUGGUCUCUUGUUUACUUUAUAGCUGAAAACUUAAAGUACUGAAGUAUUAGGAUGUUUCUAGUUGAUAUUGACAGUAAGCUAAGUUUUACUGUUCAUAAUACUGUUAAGAUUUUCAUCAGGGACAACUAUAGCGUACAGAGGCAAUCCCGCUAUUGUAAGUCUACUGUUCAGUAAACCUAAAAUAUUCAACCUGAACCAAUCAGGAUAUAUAUAUAUGGAAUUUUCUAAAGUAUUAAUUCCGUGAGGACAUGAAUAAUGAAUAAAAAUGAUACUGUAAUCGAAAGAUCACAAUGCUAGGGUUAUGUAGUGUAAAUAAUAAAUGGAUUUGUGACGUAUACAGGGUCUGUG